UAGGUUUUCGAUGCGCAAUGGCGCGCGCUUCGGCUCGGCUUAAUCAGGUUGGUUAAAAAUGUAAUCCGAAAGUGAGCUAUUGGACUACCCAAAAUGUGCUACUGAACAAAAGGAAAGUGAAAUUGUGAAGACGGUGAGGGUGAAAACGAUUAUUAGAGUACAAUUACUGAGGCGGUUGACAUUGAUGUGAUAAACUGUAUGAAUAACCAAUGAGACUGUGCUUUACGGUGACAAUGCGUAGCAAUCGAACAACUCCAGUCAUUUGUAUCAUCCUAGCUAUCCUUAACAAAGUUAGUGGACGAGAGUUCAGGAUAGGGCCAUGCAAUGUGCAGUAUCUCGAACCGUGUACCACGGACACCAUAAAAUUCUACUUGUUCACCAGUGAUAGCCCAGAGGCUGCGCCAAUUCUAUUAGAUAAUAUUGACCCGAAAGUUCCUGACCAUAUAAAUCUCAGCAACAGAAACAAACUGAUCGUGCAUGGUUACGCCGGAGGCGUAGAUUAUAAUGUUACUAAAAUAAUUCGAAACGCCUAUCUGAAGCAGCCCAAUACAAACAUUUUCGUCGUUGAUUGGAGUAAGUUGUCCAACGCACCCUGCUAUCCAACGGCGGCCUUCAAUACCAAGCAAGCUGGCGAGUGUACAGCAACGUUCCUUAUCGGCCUCAAGGCCAAUCAUCCGAAGUUCAGCUGCCGGGACCUGCAUGCUAUUGGGUUCAGUCUUGGUGCCCAUGUGCUCAGUUUUACCAGCAAUGCAUUGGAGCAGGCGAUUGGAAUUAAAUUCAAACGCAUCACAGGUCUUGAUCCAGCGUUGCCGUUCUUCGCCACAGCGCCCACGCAGUGGAAGCUAGACUUAAGUGAUGCUGAUUUUGUGGAUGUCAUACACACAAAUGCGGGCGUUUAUGGAAAAAUCGAAACCUGCGGUCACGUGGAUUUCUACGUUAACGGUGGGCACAAGCAGCCCAUGUGCAAAGGGGAUGAUAAUGAACCCCUUUGCAGUCACACGAUGGCACCUAUCUACUUUGCCGAAUCGAUCUCCAGUAAGACUGGCUUCUGGGCUACGAGAUGUACCAAUUACUUCACUUACUUUUUCGGCCUGUGCCGGUACAAAGUUGAACAUCUACAGGUCCAACACCAACCGCCAACUAGUCAGGAAGGGAGCAUCAGCGAAAACAGUUUGGACGAUAACUAUCGAAUAUUGAUGGGCGAGAGCUGCUCGACUACCGCGGAAGGAGUGUACUUUAUUUCAACCGGCAUGAAGUCACCGUUUGCUAUGGGAUACUGAGAAAACAAGGCUGAACCGAGGUUCAACGUCUCUAAUUGCUUCCUCAUCUGAUCGAUUCUUGGCGUUCCACCAUACACAAAAUAUAAUAACUGCGUUCCACCAUACACAAAGAUAAUAACUGCAAAAUUGGUGAGCAGUUCAAAAACGGUAGUUGAGACAACUAAUCGAUUCAAGUGACUGCGGAAACCAGAAAUGCGGAAAAAAUGCACAGCAGCAGCAUCGAUGAUGAGCUUGACCACAGCAAACCCACUGCCGCAUGAGAACCGUAAUGAAUUUAAAUGUCAAGCACCAAGUGUUGAAACAUAGACAGUAAGGAAAAAAUAUAAACAAUUGAUGUACAGAUCAAAAUUCUAUCUUAGGUCACAAGUCAUAUACGUAACAUACUUCAAUCGAUGAGACACUGAAAUAUGUGGUAAUUAAUCUGAACAAACACUUUAUGUUCAUUUAUUUAAGGAAAAAUCUUAAUUAGAGCAGCACGCAUUUGAAUAAAUUAAAAGCAUCAAUCAUGUUAUAUAUAUCUUAGAGAGAGCUGUUUAAUACGGAUUUUUGAAUCGAGUAACUCGAAUACCU